AUGUGGAGUAUUUGGAAGGCCGCUGCUUGGUUGAUCGCGUUGGACGUGGUGGUCCAAGACGCGUUCACCCAGGACUCCGCAAUGACGAAAGGGGUGGUCGACCAUGCCAAGCUGUGGACCCGCGGGGCUCCCAGGAGACCUCACGCAAGAUCCCAGGUCGAUGUUCUUUGUGUUUCCAGUGGGGUGUCCGGAGAGGCGUUUCCUCGGGCCAUGAGUGGAAAGUUGUUCAGCAGAUCCGAUCACAAACCCAUUGUGGGGAACGUCGAGAUACAGAUGCAAUCGAAGCAUUAUGCCUCUAAGCCUCGAUCGCUGGUUGGUUGGAAGCCGGAAUCGUCCGAGAAUGCCGCUGACUACCAGGAGAGGUGCGCGGACCUGUCCGGCGACGACUUCACGGAACUUCAGGCUGCUAUCUUAUCCGUGGGCAAUGACCUUCUACGAGGGCCUCCAGGAGACGACAGCAGAACAUUUCCAUCAACGGCGCUGUGA